GACAAACUCCUCUAGACAUAUACCACCUUCACUGUAUAUUUUUUCCGAGUAGGUAUAGAAUAAUACAGUGGGUUCCCGAUGAAACCGCUUUUGGGAAACGAAAGUCAAGAGUUAAAAAAAUUGAAUUUGGAAGAUUUGACAGUUCCAAAAACAGAAGAAGAGGUCUUCGGUGGUGUCAACGUGGUGAGCUGGGAAAUUGUUAUUUUAUACAAGGAGAUAGCGAGAGAGAGAUGAUAAUAAAUGAGACUGUUUUUUGUUGAGUAAUAUGCCUGCUUUCAUCCUAUUUAUCUUUUUCUCUGUCGCUUUGUUGAUGUACGCUAUUUUUGCAUAACGUCGAGCGUUACCCAAUAAGUCAGAAAGCUCUUCCUCUCAUUCCGACUUCCCCCUUUGCUCUGUCUCUUUCACCAUCCACCAAUUUCGCGAUCUUUUCUUCUCUUGGCUUCGUUAUCACCAUUGUUCUCUCCCUUCACCUCCAUUUCCCUCCGCACUCUGUUCAUCUCUUGUCGCCACACGGAACCAAGUGCCCAUUUCCUCCAUCCACAAAUUCUCAUCCUCCCUCUCGCUCAACUCACUUCGACCUACCUCAGUACCUCCUUACUUUCCCUCCGUUUGCCUAAAAAAACUCUUGAGAAACAGACAACAUAAGCCGUCUCUUGCUAGUGUCUCUUUGCCGCCGGCUCACCACUUCCUGCUUUCCUAUCCACCAGGGAAAGCUACUUAAUUCUCCUUUUUCGUGCUUCGCUCAACCAAAGCUCAGGGUGCUCGCACAGCCGUUGGCCUUCCUCUGUCAUCUGCUGAUCCCCUCUAUUCCUUCCAUCUCACUGUGGCCACUUGUGGUUUACAGAAAGGCACAAAAGUGCUCUGUUUGAGGCUCUGGAAAAAGUCAAAGCUGAGCUGAUGGUUCUUGGAUUCAUUUCGCUGCUCCUGACUUUUGGUCAGAAUCACAUUGCCAAGAUCUGCAUUCCUAAAGGAGUUGCUAGCACCAUGCUGCCAUGCCAGGCUGAUGGUGAGCAUGAAGCUAGCAGUGAAGAGGAAAAUCAUCACAGGAGACUCCUCUGGUUUGAGCGGAGAUUUUUGGCAGCUGCUUCUCCUGUAGAAUGCAGGAAGGGGUAUGAACCACUUAUAUCUGUUCAGGGAUUGCAUGACUUGCACAUUCUCAUAUUCUUCUUAGCAGUUUUCCACAUCGUGUAUAGUUUCCUUACAAUGAUGCUUGGAAGGCUGAAGAUUCGUCGCUGGAAAGAGUGGGAGAAGGAAACUUUGUCUCAUGAUUAUGAGUUUUCAAAUGAUCCUUCUAGAUUCAGGCUCACUCAUGAGACAUCUUUUGUGAGAGCACACAACAGUUUCUGGGCCAGAAUUCCAUUAUUCUUCUACAUUGUAAGAGUAUUUUCUUGACCAUUCGCAUUAUCAUUUUGUGUUACCCAGGAUAGUACAAUAUGUUCAG